GUGAGUCAGUGACGUUUAUUUACAUUCCAAGGCCAAUGUCACUUCAAUCCUAGUGUGCCUCAAUCAAUUUUUUAAAACAAUUUCAUCACAACGAAAAGCAAUAAUGGCUAGAAGGCGGGAUCAGUCAGAAGUCAGUACAACUGUAAAGUAUUUGUUGUUCUUUUUUAACGUUAUAUUUUGGUUACUUGGUGGUGCCUGUCUUGCAAUUGGCAUCUAUGCAAGGUUUGAAAAUGCAUCCUACUCUGAUUUCUUUGGAAAUGCAUGGAGUGACCCAGCAUUUUUCUUCAUUAUUGUUGGGGGAAUUAUGUUUAUCUUGGGCUUUACUGGUUGUAUUGGAGCAUUGAGGGAAAACAUAUGUCUACUGAAGUUUUUCUCCAUUGCACUUGGAGUCAUAUUUUGCCUCCAAAUUUUACUUGGGAUUCUUGUGUUUGUCUACAGAGAUAAGUUUGAUGAAAUUGUCAAAGAAAAACUACAGGAUACUAUUGUGAGCUAUCGAGAUAAUCCUGACUUGAGAAGUUUGAUUGAUAAAGUCCAAACUGAUUUUGAAUGCUGUGGUGUGAAUGACUUCAACGACUGGGAUGACAAUAUCUACUUCAAUUGUUCACAAAAAACAACAGAAGCUUGUGGUGUUCCAUCAUCAUGUUGUAUAAAAGACAGAGAAAAUAAACAGUGUGGAUAUGGUGUCCGAGAAAAGAAUGAAAAGAAAAUAGUAGAAGUUGAAGACAAAAUCUAUGUUCGAGGUUGCGUGGAAGGUUUUGCUGAAUGGGUGGAGACAAAUAUUAUUAUGAUUGGAGCAAUUGCACUUGGGAUUGCUGUGGUUCAGAUUAUGGGGAUUUCAUGUUCGCAAAGUUUAAUUGGCGAUAUCAAGUCACAAAAGAGCAGAUGGGAUUCUUGAAAACGUUCUUAGGGACCUUAAGAUGCACCAAAUCUACGACGCGGACGUGACAUGAAAACAGCCGGUAGUGUUAGGAACCCACUUUUAAUCUUUUCACAUACGGUUUCCAUACGGCUCUGACGUUUACCAAAAUUUUUAUUCCUGUUGUGAAAAUGUGGACAUAAAGACAGUUUUACUUCACGCCCGCGUCGUAGAUUUUGGUGCAUCCUCAGGUCUGUAUUGGUGAAUUAACCACCACAGCUGACCAUAAAGAUUUAAUAAUUGGUGUGUGCAUCCACUAAUUUGAAAUUGAAUGAUACUGUAAUUUGAAAAUAUUUCUUAAUCGAAACGGGACCAUUAUAGCUUCUGUACAUCAGAGGCGUAGCCAGGAUUUUUUAGGGAAGGCCAGCAAAAAACUAGGUUCUGUGGGGCUCGCCGCAGGUCUGCUUAUCUUUUAGAAUAAAUAUUCUAAGAGAGUUUCAAUAUUUUUUAGGGGGACCCUGCUAACCCCUGGUCCUUGCUGCGCCCCUGUUGUAAAAUCGCCUUUUGGGAAAAUUGACAAGUUAAUUGAGUUUUUCUCUCUUUUUCAAUGAAAGUUCCCAAGUUUCAUCCCACAUUAUUUAAUAAAUUGAUUUAGUUUUUUUGGAGCAUUCUUGGCUUCAGCACAAAUACGUAUUCCUCCAUGUCCACCGAGUUUUAUCAUGGUUUUUAGAAUGAUUUAUAUAAUGUUCACCGUAUUAUACUUCGUAUGAAAGAAAGAACUUGUGCAUUGAAACCAUCAGGCUGAGAUCGCAGUGAAAACAAUAUUUAGCAGCCAAUAUACGAAAAUCAUUGAAUAAACCUUUCUCGCCAGAAGUUCUCAUGUAUAACUAACAGCCAGCCUAAAGAAAUCCUUUCUUUUUAUACAAAGUUUUACUGUAUAUAUUUAUAAGAUAUAUUGUAAUAAAACGACAUUCUUCAGUUAC